AUGGCCUACCCGCUCGACAGCAAGCGGUCCUCGGUCGCAUUCGGCGUCAGCUCGGCCAACGACAGCGCGAGCCGCGACGUCCACCAGCGCAACUCGUCCCUCGCCCCGUCUCCCUCUCCUCCAGCCACCUCGUCGGCGUCGUCGACCAACGCCCCUCCUUCGGCCAACCCGAGCUCGUCCGAGUUCCUGCGCAACCUCGUCGAGGUCAAGGCCUUCUCGACGUCCAAGCACCCGCGCGUGCGGCGACACGCCUCGCUCGACAUCGGCGUCGCCCAGUACCGCGCUCGGCAGAGCUACGCCGCCGGCAUGGACGACCUGUCGCCGCGCUCGAACCUGUCGCCAGCGUCGUCGACCGGGUUCGACGAGAAGGCGCGCCUGUACAGCUUUGCGCACGACGCGAGCGACUCGCCCCUGUACUCGCCGUUCCCGUACCCGCGACGCGCCGCGUGGUGGAAGAAGCGCAGCAACGUCAGCGCCGCCCUGUCGGCCGCCGUCACGCUCUUCUUCCUCGGCGGACUCGUCGGCCUGACGCUCCUCGAGGGGCGCGGCAAGGCGACUUGGUGGGGCGUCAAGGAGGUCCUCGAGGAUCUCGGCGUCGCUUCGUUCGAGCAUACCGCCUGCGAGAACCCGUACGCCGAGUUUGGCCGCAUCCACGUCGACAAGAAGGUCCCCGAGCACAACCGGUGGAUCCCGUACGACCCGUCGUGCGCCCCUCCCGCCUACAUGGCCGCCCUGCGCGCCUCGCGCAACGUCAACGCGACCGUCGACGACGAGCCCGAGGAGCUCGAGCUCCCGCUGCGCGGUCGUCGCGCGUCGCGCAACCCGGCCGCGCCGCUCGCGUGGAUGCACGGCAAGACGGUCCUCCUGUUCGGCGACCACGUCGAGCGCAACCACAACAAGGACUUUUGCCGGUUCGCCGGCGGCAAGUUUGCGACGAUCGGGCGCGACCAUCCGCUGUCGCCGCCGCGGUUCGUCAACGGCAUCGACGAGAAGUUCCUGCCCGGCGCCAACCAGGAGAACUUUGACGGCACGCGCCCGAGCGUGUGCUACUUCGAGGACCUCGACUUUAUGGUCGUCACGGUGUUCCACUUUGGCCUCGCCAAUCGCGUCGAGUUUGAGCACGAGUCGCUCCUCCAAGACCCGCACUUCUACCCUCCAGUCGCCGUCGACGACCGCCUGUCGCACAUCGUCAUGCCGCUCCUCGACUCGCUCAAGCGCACCAAACCCGACCUGAUCGAGGUCUCGUCGGGCUUCUGGGACCUGCGCCACUUUGCGGCCCUCGACGAGCUGUCCGGCACCGACCCGCACGACGAGCUGUCGCCCGAGCGCCUGUCGUGGUACUCGACCCGCCUCACUCGCGCCCUCGCCGACCUCGGCUCGGCCUUUCCCGACACGCCCCUCCUGUGGCGCACCCUGCACCAGACGCCCGACUUCAAGCAGACGUCGCCCGCACGCGUCGCCGCCCUCGACCAGAUCUCGCGCAAGGUCGCCGCCGCGCUCAACGAGGCCGCGCACCGCGCCGAGGCCGAGGAGCAGCUCGAGCACGUGUUCCACUUUGCCGUGCGCGAUCACGAGCACCGUGCCCAGGCGGCCGUGCAGCAGGUCCACAUGCACAAGCCGUCGCCGCGCGAGCGCGCCGCCGCCGACCGGGUGCGGCCGGCGCCCGUGCGCCCGAACCGCCGGCUCGGCAAGGCGCGGUUCCUGAACCGGGUCAAGGAGCGCAUCGGGAGCAAGGAGCGCGUCAAGGAGGUGCAGCUGUCGACGGACGAGACGAGCCUGCGGGGCCGGGUGCGCGUCGACGAGUGGGGCGCGCUCAUGCGUGGCCAGGAGCACACGAUGGAGAAGAUCAACACGCCGCCACUCCCUGGCGGGUACCUGUGGGGCGACAUCAUGCUCUUCGAACUGCGCCGUGUCAUCACCGACACCGAGCACGCCUCGUCCACCCUCAUCCUGCGCCACUUCCGCAGCUGAGCGCGUCGCCCCGCCGCCGCCGAGCCGGCUCCUGUACUUUGUCCCCCCCUCCCUCGUCCCGGUCGUCGAGUGGCCCCUCCCUCUUCUGUGCUUUACCCCCCAGCAGUUCUAUCCC